CGUAAUUUACUGCUCACAAUCAUACAAAACUGUUUAGUGGUUGAUGAUAUAUUUUUGCGUUUGGGGCUGAAGCUCGAUUAUCGCAAAAUACUGAUGUACUCAUUUGUUACUUCGUUAGGAUUAUUGCUGUUCAACUUUGUUUAUUUAUUGGUCAGUUAUAUGUUAUUGCGCUCGGCAGAGAUAUGGCCAUCAUUUGUAGUUUUUACCACGUUUGCCUUGCCACAUUUAAAUAUCAGCAUUAUGGUUUUUAAGUUUCUAUGUACCACACAUCUGACACGUACGCGUUUUAGAAUGAUGAAUGAGGUACAUAACUGUUUUAUAUAAACACACUUUAUCUCUACAUAUAUUUAACAUAUUAAAUUUAUAUAUCUAUUAACCUUAAAGAUACUACAGGAUAUACUCGACUCUUGUAUUGAGGAGCGCGGUGCAGUUGAGCUCUCACCAAUGCACUCAGUAAUACACCUACAUAGUUUCAAUAAUAUACCAUCACGGCAUGCGUCAUCGGUUAUUCAACCAAUAGCUACGCCACGUCCACGAUAUAGCGUCACUUCCCUAGUACGUCGCAAUCCUGAAGCAGCGCUCAAACAAGUCAGCAAUGUGCAUAAUCUACUUUGUGACAUUUGUUGCACAAUCGAGGAUUAUUUUAAUUAUCCAAUGCUAUCUAUUAUCGCUAUUUCAUUUCUAUUUAUUCUAUUUGAUGACUUUUACAUAUUAGAAGCGGUCAUUACGCCUAGUCGGGUUGACAAAUUUGAAGCCGAUGAAUUCUUCGCCUUUUUCAUAACGCAAAUGUUGUGGUAUGUGGUCAUAAUAUUGUUAAUUGUAGAGGGUAGCAGCAAAACCAUUAAGGAAAGCAAUAAAACAGCAGCUAUUGUGCAUAAAAUACUAAACAUAUCUGAUGAAUCGGCCGUGCAUGAUCGUCUAUUGCCUUUGUCGUUGCAAUUGUCACAUCGACGUGUUGUUUUCACAGCCGCCGGUCUCUUUAAUUUGGAUCGUACCUUAAUAUUUACGAUAUGUGGUGCUGCCACUUGCUACCUUAUAAUUCUUAUACAAUUUCGCUAUAAUCCGUCCCACUGGGACCGUUUAAACUCGUCAUCCGGAACAGUUUUAGCUUCAGGAUAAUAUAAUGUGCCUAAAGUAGAUAUCAAAUAAUGUACAAAUCGAUAUGUGUAAACAAUAUUGAAUUUUUAAUAUACCUAACUGUAAACAUUAAUUAUAUUUAUAUAUGCGAAUUUGUCAGCACAACACUUGCUCGCAUAUUCUAAUUAACUAUAUAAUUUGCAAUUUAUUUUAAAAUAAUAAAAUUUGCUUUAAUUGUCAA